CCGUCGCCACCUUUCCCCCAAAAAUAAACCCCACGGAAGCCACCACCGCCCACACGCCCCCGCUGCUGCUCCUCUCCUGCACCACCUGCGCUGCUUCCGCUCCACGCCGGCGCCGCGCCGCCCAAACCCUAGCCCAGCCCAGCCAACUCCCCCCCAUGCCGAACGCCUCUCCCCUCCACCACCUCGCCUCCCUCCUCCUCCUUGCCCUCGCCCUCGCGCCGCGCCCCGCCGCGCCCGCGGCCACGGACCGCGCGGCGCUGCUGGCCUUCCGCGCGUCCCUCCCGCCGCCCUCCCGCGCGGCGCUCGCGUCGUGGCGCGGCCCGCUCUCGGAGUCCUGGCGCGGCGUUUCGCUCCACCCGCCGGCCGCCGCCGGCGCCCCCGCCCCGGCCCCGCCGCCCUCCGUCUCCGGGCUCGCGCUGCGGGGGCUCAACCUGUCGGGGCAGCUCCCGGCGGCGCCGCUCGCGCUGCUCCGCCGCGUCCGCGCGCUCGACCUCUCGGCCAACGCGCUCUCGGGCGAGCUGCCGUGCUCCCUGCCGCGCUCGCUCCUCGACCUCGACCUCUCCCGCAACGCGCUCUCCGGGGCCGUCCCGACCUGCUUCCCGGCCUCGCUCCCGGCUCUCCGCGCCCUCAACCUCUCCGCCAACGCGCUUCGCUUCCCGCUCUCCCCGCGCCUCUCCUUCCCGGCGAGCCUCGCCGCGCUCGACCUCUCGCGGAACGCGCUCACGGGCGCCGUCCCGCCGCGGGUCGUCGCCGACCCCGACGCUUCGGGCCUCCUCCUCCUCGACCUCUCCCACAAUCGCUUCUCCGGCGAGAUCCCCGUCGGGAUCACCGCCAUCCGGAGCCUUCAGGGAUUGUUUCUUGCGGAUAACCAGCUCUCCGGGGAGAUUCCGACUGGGAUUGGGAAUUUAACCUACUUGCAGGCGCUUGAUUUGUCGCGUAAUAGGCUCUCUGGUGUAGUGCCUGCUGGCCUUGCCGGCUGCUUCCAGCUUCUGUACCUGCGGCUUGGGGGGAAUCAUCUUUCAGGAGCACUGCGGCCGGAGCUUGAUGCCCUUGACAGUUUGAAGGUGUUAGAUUUGUCGAACAACCGAAUAUCUGGUGAAAUUCCGCUGCCGUUGGCCGGGUGCCGAUCUCUGGAGGUGGUGAACUUGUCAGGAAACAAGAUCACAGGGGAGCUCAGUGGAGCUGUGGCCAAAUGGCAGAGCUUGAGGUUCUUAUCACUGGCUGGUAACCAGCUCUCUGGUCAGCUACCGGAUUGGAUGUUCUCGUUCCCAACACUUCAGUGGAUUGAUUUGUCCGGCAAUAGGUUUGUGGGUUUCAUCCCGGAUGGUGGGUUCAAUGUCAGUGCCGUCCUUAAUGGUGGAGGCAGUGGUCAGGGGAGUCCAUCAGAGGCUGUGCUUCCACCUCAGCUGUUUGUGUCAGUGUCCACGGAUAUGGCAGGCCGGCAAUUGGAGCUGGGCUAUGAUCUUCAAGCAGCUACCGGGAUAGAUCUGUCUAGGAAUGAGCUCCGUGGGGAGAUACCAGACGGGUUGGUUGCAAUGAAGGGACUGGAGUAUUUGAAUCUCUCUUGUAAUUAUUUGGAUGGGCAGAUUCCUUCAGGUAUUGGGGGGAUGGGGAAGCUACGGACCCUUGACUUCUCACAUAAUGAGUUGUCAGGGGUGGUACCUCCUGAGAUAGCUGCCAUGACAGAGCUUGAGGUGCUUAAUCUCUCCUACAAUAGCCUAUCUGGGCCUUUGCCGACAACUGAUGGGUUGCAGAAGUUUCCAGGAGCAUUGGCUGGAAACCCUGGGAUAUGCAGCGGGGAAGGAUGCAGUGCGCAUUCUAGGAUGCCAGAAGGGAAAAUGGCAGGAAGCAAUCGCCAUGGUUGGCUUGGUGGCUGGCAUGGAGAGAACGGAUGGGUAUCCCUAGGUGCAUUCUGUAUCAGCACAAUGACUAGCUUCUAUGUAUCAUUGGCAACUUUGCUGUGCUCCCGCAAGGCAAGGAACUUUGUGUUUCGGCCUGGAAGGAUGGAAUAUUAACAUCAAAGGAAGAAUUAGGAGAUCAUGUUGUGCUGUAAAUAAGAUAAGUUUCAGUGACUCAAGUGUGCAGCUAAUCUUGAGUAAAAUCAGUUGGCCUCCAUUUUUAAUAUCACUGGCCACGGGAACUGUGUGAUCUUGAUCUAAUAGCUAAUGAGCCAUGUCCAAGUGUUCUACUGUUGUUUUUCUAGGGAUGUGUAGACCCGGUUCUGUUGUGUUUGCAUCGUUCACAGAAUGCACACAUCUGGUUGCUGUAAUACUGUCAUGUUUCUGAGGAUUGGACUGCUUCUGCCUCAGAUAAUUGGAGUAUUGUCAUCAAGGAUGCAGUGAUGCACACAGUUAGGUGGUCUAAUAGCCACAAAAGGGAGCAUGUAGUUGUGAACAACUUGAGAUGUAUAUAUCCAGUUAUCCGCUUUUAAUUUUACCUUGUUUGAGUGAAGUUCGAGUUAUAAAUUCUGAAUUUCUGUCCAGUUCAUAAGUUCUCAUGCUUGUAAUCUUGUUCAACAACGUUCAGUGUUAUGGCAAUUUGACUGCAGAUCGUUCAUCUGCGGAAAUGUCUA